AUGGCGAACUCCAGCCUCAAUAACAAUUCAUCGGAUGCUUUUGGUAACCCCUCGCAAGUGUUCACAUCAUCAAGCGAAAGCUUUGAGUUUAAAGUCAUCAAACUUUUCUUUUAUGCCUUGAUUUUCCUAUUAAGCGUCUCUGGGAAUACUCUCGUCUGCUCUGUUAUCAUAAAAAGACGCCGAAUGCGAACUGUCACUAAUUAUUUCAUACUAAACCUCGCAGUGGCUGACCUGGCAAUAACCUGUGUCUGCAUUCCGUUUGACAUACCAGUUCAAGAAAAUAAUUACAGAUGGAUUUAUGGUUCUCUGAUGUGCAAGCUCUUGUAUCCUCUGCAAACUAUUGCUGCGCUUGUUUCCAUCCUUACUUUAGUGGUUGUGAGUCUUAACCGGUUUUGGGCGAUUGUCUACCCGCUGCGAAGCCAGCUUACCAAACCACGUGCAAAAGCUAUCAUUUCCGCAGUAUGGGUGUUAUCAACAUUGAUCAUUCUUCCUUAUAUCUUAGUGUUGCGCCUUGACGAAAAUGUAAUGAGCUGCGAAGAAAUCUGGCCUAAGAAUUUCAAUUACCGGAGAGCUUACACCUUGUCACUUUUCCUUGUUCAAUACGUAACUCCUCUGAUGAUUAUAGCCUUCGCGUACCUUAAAAUCGCACACGAGAUGCGCAAAUGCGUUCAGAAAACGAAUUUGAUUAAUUCUGACCGAGGCCUCGUGGACUCGCAGCGUCAAAAAGAGGCGAGGCGUGUUGUACGCAUGUUGGUCGUAGUCACCAUUCUCUUCGCUGUCUGCGUUCUGCCGAAUAAUCUCAUGUGGCUCUGGCUGGAUUUUGGAAACGGAGCAGAGUAUGAACAUUUCUGGGAUUUGGUCGCCGUGACAAACAUUAUACUAUUUGCCAACAGUGCAGCUAACCCAAUAGCCUACACUCUUUGUAACGAAAACUUCAGAGAUGAAUUUCGGCUUUACUUAUCAUGCGAUCGAGAGAUGUAUAAGUCGAUACUGGCGAUAUCCUCGCCUCAAAAAACGACCUGCUUGAGUUACACAGAAGUACUGAUACAAGCCCAGAGGCAAUCGGCGAAGGCGAAAAAGCUAAACCAGAUACUGAAAGAGACUCGAGAAACUGAUGUGUAACACAACUAUCCAAACCGAUACCGCGAUCGUUUCCUGAUAGAAAACUACGUUUCUGUAAUUUUAUUAAGGAAUGGUAAAAGAAGAUCUUCCCCUUGGAAACUAUAUUAUUUUAAUUUCCAUGAUUGAGAAGUAUGUGUUUCAAUGAAAUACUUGUGAGAGGAUUAUCACAACCUUUCUAAAAUUGUCUGAAAAUAUGCUUAGUGUAUUCCUGAAAUAGACAAUGUGCAGCUACAAGUAAAAUUAGGAAAAAGGUUAUUCUCAGGCUGAAAAGUCGGAGGAUAAAAAAAAAAACACAUGUAUAGCAGAGAGCUUGAGAUAGCCUUCCACGUUCUCUCCUCAAAAAAUGAGAAGUAAGCAAGUAAUAUGUUUAUUAGAAAACAUUCGGAUCGAUUACUUCAGUGGAAUUAAAUAGUUUUAUGUCACUGACCCGUAAUCAGACGAGUAAGUGCCCAUCUUGAGCUUGACCUUGACAUUUGCAUGUGUCGAGAAAAAGAGGGUUAAAAUGGCAUAUACAAAUGGAACAAAUAUGGAGAAAAUACAGAAGCUCACGAACAUAAAUGCUAUUAGUUCAAUACUUCGCAAUUUUUAAUCCGUAACGAUUCGAUUAAAAUAUAAUCUUGUUCAGCCAAUAAUCGUCUUUGACUCAUAUGAAUAUUGUAAAUAAAUUUAGCAGAAUCACGAAACAGCAUAUUUGAGAGAAUAGUCAAGUGUUCUGUUGCAAGAGUCCAUGCCAAGUAUGCUUCUAGUUUAGAAUAUUUUCACAAUGUGAUUUUAAAAAACUUUGAACAAUUUAAACAAAGCGUCCCCUAGUUUUACUUCUGUAAUUAGGCUGGAACUUGAUAAGUUCACCUGAGCAGACCAUUUCAAUUGAACGGCCAAGGACGUUUUUUUAUCUCCCAUUAAGUCGGCUCGUCCAGUCAGCACAAAACAUGCACUCUCCAUAAAAUGUGAAAUUUCUAUAUUUUAACAUUAUUUUUUGCGUUUUGUUCUGUCAACCAAUCUAUCACUUUCUCGUUCCUAAAAGUGUGGUAUUUGAAUUGCAAUUUUUUUUGCAUGAAAAUGUUUGAAAAAAGUUCGGGGAGUACUGUUGUUUAUUCGAACGACGUCUUAAGUUAGGCCGUUUCUUUACUUAGAAAGCGUUGCCUAUUCAUAACUAACUUCUUGAUCGUUGCUAUUCACAGCCGACUGCAAUGGUAGAAAUCCAAGCACAAUUUUAUCUCUUGCUGAAACCCAAAUUUAUGGAUUGAGUUUAUGUUGCUAUAUGUCCUAAAAAUUUAAAAUAUAUAAAAAAAAAAAAAAAAAAAACGGAAUUAAAAUCGCAAGGGAAAUGAAGUAUGCCAAUCAAUUCACUGUGAUCAGGAGGAGGUAGAAGUAUGCUUAUCGAGAGUUAUAAUUGUUUAGCUCUUUCGCCGUCGUUAUUAACAUCCAAAAGAAAAUCUCUGAAAAAUAUUCUGUGUUAGCACACAAAUUAUUGCACUGGUUAGUUUGGCAUUAGAGAAGAUUUGAGGUGGAAAAAUGUACGAAGUUAUAUGUUUACAUUGUGUAUCAGCAAGGAAUGUUAAAACUAAUCAUGAUCUUUAAUAAUAGUAUGUCUUGAAUAUGUACAUAAAAAAGUAAAAAGUUUAGAUUUCCGCGUGAUUCGUGGGCCUCACGAUAACUGACCGAUGUCGCUGAAAAGACCGAAAAGAAAAAUCACCUUAAAGUAACUUUAAAAUUUCCAAUGGUCGUUAAGGAAAUCAAGGCUGAAAAAGCGCCAUGAAACGUGUCUAUGUUUUAAAAUCUGAUUGAAAACUAUGAUUAUCCUACAGGAACAGUAUGAUUAUCGCAAUUAACACACAGUAAACUAACAAUUUACAGUUCACUCACACUUUCUUGAAGUUCUAUAUUUUGUAAACAAAGAUAUAAUUUUCAUUUCUAUUUCAUCUAAAACCUGAAUAUUAAGCGAACAAUUUGUUCAAUUGAAAAGUAAUAUAUAAAACAUAAACAUGAUUAAGUAUUACCGCCAGAAUUCUUCCUCACACGGAGUAUGUUUGUCUCAAAGUUUUUUUUUGCAUUUUUUAAUCGGCCAGAGGACAACGAAAUUAGGCUGUGCCUACUUAAAAUUUAGCUUCCAAGAGACCAAGACAAUUAUAGGAAGAAACAUACCCACAAAUAAGCUUCUGGAACAAACACUUAUUUCAGUGGGUAGGGCGAUAACGAAAAAAAUACUGAAAAUUAAUUCAAGCGCCAGAGAACGUUGGCGUACAAGGACAUUUUCAGAGCAACUAUUUUUAUCACAAUAUGUCGGUGUAAAUCACGUUUCAGAUGUUAACUGAAAAGGCGCCUUCUGUUUCCAUAGUGUUUUUCUUCACAGUUCACUAUCAAUUUUCACCGUUGAGUGCUCGCGCCGUAUCAUUUGCACAUUAAAAAUUAGAUAAAGCUUCUGUGUAGCGAACUUUAUAUUUGGAGAUUUGAUUGGUUUCUGUCGUUAUUAGUACGUUUAACGGGAAUUAGCAACUUGAUCAAGAAAAUCAUUUUUCUGUUUUAUGAUUCUGACAAAAAUGUCAUUCGAGAAUAUGUCACAUUGGUUUCAUAACAUAAUACCACGUCACAGGACACACUUAACGAGAAAUAAAUAUAUUCAAAUAAAGGAAAAUCAAGUGAGAAAGUAAGAAAAAAUAAUCAUGCAUAUUCACUUGCCCAAAGACUGGUAAUUUACAAGCCUUUUAAGUCACGGUUUUCCAUUCAACACCACGCGGGCUGAACUAGCUUUAAUAUAAAGUUCGGAUAUAACGCGUGCUGUCAUUGGUUAAAAGAGCGUGCUCUAUGAAAGUAUAGAGCAUAGAACUGAGCUAAAGCUGUCACGCCAUCUGCCAAAUUGUACUAUUUCCGACGUUUUCCGGAACUUCUUUCUAGCUUUUCUCUCGUAAAUUGAAAGUGAAAUUUCGGAACAAGCGAGCAAAGGUUUGCAAAAAUGCCAGGCGCAGUAAUUUACGUAACUGUAACGUGAGCAGAGACAAAAAUCCUCAAAGAUAAAACAAAAUGGACAGCCCGAGUUUUAAAGGUUUUCACACUCAGAUUGCAAGUGUGCGUAUGGUAAGAAAAAUCAAACACAGCUAACACUUGUAUAGUAUAUAAAGUUUCGUGUUUAAAAACAAAACAGAAAAAAACAGGAAUGAUGAAAAAUAUAACCUGGCAUAACUGUUAAAAUUUAUACUAAUCAUGACGGUGUUAGAGCGACUGCGAUCAUGCUGAGGUCUAUGGCGGCUAGCACAUCAUGGCGAUCUUCGGUCACCGCAAUGGAGCAAGCCUCAGGAACUAAAUCGAUUACCUUUCGAGUGGAAAAAUAAGAGCUUGCUCUGAUAACCUUUCCGAUGCCUCGUGUGGAAGGCCACAUCGGUCACUGCAGCCGAGUUUUACGGCGCUGUCAUUCCGAGCGAUGAAACAUCGCAUGUCCUGGUGAAUUCGUUUGUCGUUCAUUCAUAAAACAUUCGCCUUGAACAGUUUAUUUUCUUCUUUUCAUGUAAAAUAACUUGCGUAUUUUCGUGAGCCACGAUUGGGCAAAAUUUCACUGAACAUUUCACUUUCAGAUUCUGUAUUAGAAACUAAAAAAAUUCAGGCAAAAGUGUUAAAUUCGACAUGCCGAAUUAUUUUAGUUUGUAAAAUAUUGCAGAAUAUGAACUUUGAUGGUUUGACAUUUUUGACAGCUUUAGUCUUGUGCAGCCAAUCAGAUUAUUUGAACCAUUCUAACAGGAAUUCUGAUUGGCUUAUUGUAGCGUGCUUUAUGAGAGUAUAGAGCAUGCUGACGACACUGUUGUUCGCUUUGGAAAUAAAGUUUGUUUUGAAAAUUGAAAGUAAUUCUUGGGGAAUUUAACGGAUUCUGUAUUAUAAAAAAAUAGAGAAGCCCUGACUGUGCUCUGUUCUGUUGUAAAGCACUUAGGAAGCGGCAAGAGCACUCAAGAAGUAGCCCUGCUCUAGCCGCUUCCUGCGUGCUUUACAACAGAACAGAGCAUAGUCAAGGCUUCUCUGUUUGUUAAAUAAGAGUCAUGUUUUGGCUACUUUAUACAUAUACAGCUGUUUUUUUUCCUUUCAUUCCCUGUUUUCUUAUCUACUAACGUAUUUAUCUAUCUAUUUCGAUUGACUAUUUUCUUAAAAGCAAUUCUUAAACCAUAUGUAGCUCAAACCAAGGGUUGAGUAAUAUUGCCAGGAGAUUAAAAAAAUCUACGAGUUUUAUUUUCGUCGAGCGUAAAAAACAAUUGUCCGGGAGAUUGUGCGGAGGUUGUUUUUUUCUUUAAUUCAGUUUGCAUCUAUUUCUCAAUGCACGUUUAUUUAUUUUUUUCUCGCAAAGCAAGCGUGGGUGAAAUAAUUUUAUCGGCGCUCUUGUUCUCGCACUUUUGGUUCUCUCUGUUUUCUAAUUUAUCCAAAAAUAUCUCAUUCAUUAUCCAUUUGUUUUGCUUGAAAUUACUGUUCAACCCUGAGGCUUUAAAUGUCUGCUGAGAGAACAAAGUGGAUAAUGGAUUUGUUUACACUGAAAGAAAGUUGUCAUCGUGUAACCAUAGCGAAGUGACAAGCACGUGCGUUAAGUGAUUUACGACCUAAAAUUAUCAGUGCCACCUGUAAAGAAUAAUAGAACAGGGGCAUUCUGUCUUCCUUCAGGUUAGAGCAAACAUUUUUUCUGGAAGGAUCCUAGUCGUAGUGCGUUUCUCUUGAGAAAACUUGCACACACAACGAGAAGAAAUAAAAGGUAGGACUCCUAACUGAGUAUCAUUACUACACCGUUCAAAACGUAAGCUGAAUGUUCACUGUAGGAAGAUUGUAUUAGUUAUUUCUGCAAAGCGGUCAUACCAGUUGGUGGGCUAAUACACAAUACUUGUAUGAAUAAGUGGAAAACAUGAAAGCUCGGAUAAGUCGCCUUUCAAAGAGCGAUGUUCUAUCACGCUGAAAUACAUGGAAACCAGUUGAAAACUGUAAAGCAGUUUUUAUUUAUUUCUUGACAUAUUUUGUCGCUUACUACAUUUAUAUCACUCAGUUUUCUUUUGUGUUAUAAUUUCGUGUAUAUGUAAGGUAUAUACUAGGGUGUGUUAUCAGCAUGCUCAGAAUUCUAUCCAAAAGAAGACUCGUCCUUUCAUGCUAAUUUUUCAUCAAAUUUAGAACUCAAUAAAAUCUCAACUAAUUUUUUUUCCAAGCAUAAAAACAUUUCCGUAUCCGUAAAGGAACAUAGAUAUUGAUUAGCCUUGACGCCGAACGAUAUUUAAAAUCCUUGUCUCAUUAGCAAUUUUCACAACCCGGAAUUGCAUCGUCCAAUUAUUAUAAACAACACUAAUUGUCAGCAUGGCCUGAGGGAGAUACCUUUAGCAUCUCAUUCAAACAAAUAAUUUUAAUCCAUUAAAGCGAAGAAUAGGAGUCCGGGGGACCUAAACGUUUGUUUUCUGAUGCCUUAAUUGUUUUAGGAGAACUGCGUGUGUUGUCUACUGGAGCCAGUAACAAGCUAAUAACGAGCAGUUAAUGACGGCCUUGAUAGAAAUUAAGUUUCUUUGUGCGUGGUCAGUAUUUUCCUCCCUGAGUUGACUUGAAAAAAUAUUCCCCGAAUGCAAUGUUCUAAAAUUCUUUGACAACCAAAGUCUUUCCUGAUCUGCAUGUUCAUUUGAUUAUUCUAAAGUUUUCUUUCGGAGGAUGAAUAUUACUGAAAGUAAUUGAUCUCUUUCAAAUUUCAGCUACUCGGAACCUUUACUACAUUCGGUCAUCAUUAUUGACGAAAAUUAUUUCCUGCUCUUCUGUAUUUUCUCCCGGCGUCUUAGCAGAUUUGACAUUCUUUUUUUUUGCAGUCAUUCAUUAAAAAAUUUAUCUGAGCUAAAGUAAAAGUAACUGAAAUCCAGGUUGCCUUACUUUACCGGUGAAUCUAUUCUAAGGCGGCUAAAUGAAACGAAUGUGUAUUAUAAACAUCGCCGAUGCUAUAUUUUUACAUGAGUCAAGAAGGUUAUGUGAGAUGCCACUAUUAUGUUGACAAUCACUAGAUGUUUUGAAAAUUGGCUUAUGACAUUCUACCUCACCUUAUAUAACUUUCAAACCUGUCUUUCCGAAGUCGCUCUUGCAAAGAAUCAGUGAUGUUUUCAUGUAGAGUGUUUUAAGGCUUCAUUUAUCUCAACCAGCAUGCUUCGAUGACACUCUCUUUUUUUUUUUUUUUAUUUAAUUGUUCGAAAAUUGAUUUGAGCCACCAAAUGAGCGACACAAGGCAAUUGCGAGAUUAUCGUGGCUACAUGAGAGCGUAUUAUUAUCACUCCAUGAAGCAAGAUCGCAAAACAUAUGUCACCAGUCAUUACAGGGAAAACAAUAGGCGAUAUUGAUUAUUUUUAUCUCGAUCACUUCUUUCAAGAGACUUGAAAAUUUAUUGUCAGUGAUGUUAAGAACCUGCAGUAUUGUAUAUCAAAAUAUCAUCCCGGCAAGAAAAACAUUUCUCUAACAUCAGUCGAGAGCACAUGCUAAUUGCUGCAUCUUCAGGAGAUCACCUGAAGGGAUUCCAUAUUUAAGCGUUUUUAGUUGACCAUGAAAGCUAAAAUAAACCGCUGCAGCAAAUUUCGACAGGCUUUCAGUUAAUUUGAUGACAACGGAUUCAGAAGGGACGUUGUUAUUAAAAAAGAUACACCAGACCCCAUUUAAAGCACUGAUAAAGCUGCAAUCAUGCCUUGGUAAGUUAAAGAUUCUGAAAAAAUUGGGCUGAAAAAUGUAUUAAACGUCUGUGUAGGUCGUUGAUUUUUGUUAGUGCCACAGAAGUCAUGAAGAACAAAGGAAAAAAGGAGUUGUACAAGCUUUGUUUCACUGCAAUGAUCUACGCAGCGAAUGCACGGGGCUUAUUGGCACAAGCUGAUUCACACAAUAAAGGCGCACAAAGUGAGAUUGUUUUAUUUGUUUGGUUCGGUCAAUAGCUUCGACGUUCUGGCUCCCCAGACUUCUCAUGGGACGACAAAGAAUUGCAAUUAUGGACGUUAUGGACAGCACUUCAAUAUAACAAUAGUUGUAUAUCUCGAACAGUACAGUUUGCUUUUGUAUAUCUACAAGAUAUCUGAUCAUGGGCCCGCGGGGAACCACGAAUUCUGCUAUUCUGCUUCGAGUGAUUCCCAAUUACUUUUAAAAGUACGUUCUCGUAAGCUCAGUUUCCCUGAAAGGGCUUCGCAGACUAAAGAAAUAAUUUAAGGAAUGAACAUCACGGGAACGAGAGGGUGACAUCCGCUCUGCCAAUGAAGAUGCUAACCUACUUCAACAAAGCCCUGAAAGAGGUAGGCCUUUUUUUCGACAACCAGCCCUUUUUUUCCUCCCAAACGUAAUAACAUUUUGACGGCAAUUUUUUAAAGGAAAUCACUUAGAAAACCAAAAAGUAACCGAACUCGAUCAAAGUAACAAUCAAAACAUUUUUUGUAGCGACGCGGUAAAUGUCACAGCUUUCCUUUUAUAUAAAACACCAGCGCUAAUUGGUAUUCAUGCAGAUUAAACGAUGUCGCACUGUUCGACCUCUUGAGUAAGGCAUACUAGCGAAUUAUAUUUACUAUUUUCAUUCUGUAACAGCUUGAAUUGGUAAGAUAGAGACCACUUCGAUACCCGUUAAGAGAGGCAGGAAGUUAUACAUGCAAUUAUCACUUACACACACAAGCCCGAUGAGAUAGAAAGAAAAGAAUAUUGUCCUUCGAUUAACGAUGCCAGUUGCAAAGAUUGCCACCCAAUGUGAAACGAAAGACUUCGAGAAACAAGCUAGAUAGCCUGUAACAGAUAACCAUCUCUAAAUGUCUCCUAAAACCCGCCAUCACGUAGUCACAAUGACCCCAAGUUGGCCAGAGGUUUCGGGUGCGUUGUGUCGCCGUCACCUGAUUCGUUUCUAUCAACAGAGGGAGAUUGCGUUAUGCUCGAGUGAUAUUGUGUGAGAACUAGUUCCAUGUUUUGCGAUUAUUGCACCACCAUAUUAUUCUUCCUAAACUUCCUUCCACUCCGUCAAUGCAACUGAUCGGCCCAUUUGCGAAUCAGCAGUGCGACACUUACGAAUGCAUGUCAUUCCUGAUUUUCCAUAGAAUUCUGUCGCAAUUUGCGAUUCCUCAAAUGAAAAUCUCACACUCGUCCACUUCAAGCGGAAAGUCUCUACUCUAAAAGACUUUUCUAAAUCUGCCGCUUAAACUUCGUCUUGAUAACUCACCAAGCACUUGCCUAUAGAAAUUGCAAAACAUUUUUCCUUCGAAGCCAUUUGCUCUAUAUUUAUUAGCGCCCAUCAACCUUAAGACUACACGGAUCGGUAUUUCCUGUCGGAAAUGUCAAGUUUUUCUCAAAUCAUGCACGAAACGACGAGAAGAUCAGGAAACCUCUUUCUAACAAGUUUAUGAGAGUUUUCAUUAUAGUAACUUCCGGUGUUGGCAGGUAUUAAGAGAAUUUUUUCAAUGGUGCUUCAAGUCUGACCCUCGUCAUACCUUGUUUUUCUUCAAUUGCUCAUUAUCCUUCAGCCGAUUAACCAAACCCUUGUUUAUAUUUCUCCUGAGUAAAUACCGCUAAUGAAUAUAUCUUUGUUUGGCUCAAGAACGUACCUCCUGUUUUGAACUAAGUAAUAUCUACUUUCCUCUCAUUAAUUAGCAGGUAUAAUCGGAAAGAAAACAAUAAAAAAAAAUCUUUCGUGCGAUCUUUGCUGAAUUGAGACCUUCAAGAGUCACCGCACAUAGUUAAGGUGAGUUAACUGCAGAGAGAAGUUGUCUAUAACUCGUAAAUAGAUCUCGUCAACCAAGAUUCUUGUCAUUUUGUUCAUGUUUAAAUAUUGCUCAAGAACGUGAAAUAUAACAUCUAUGAUCAUGAAUUGCUCCCAGAAUUGUUGUCAAAGUUAAGAUGAAGAACUCACACGAUACUUUCGAAAGGUACUUCAUUUUUCACGGCUUGCUUGUACUCUCGCCGGUUUCGUCACUUAAUAGGAAAACUCUGCUAUAUUAGCAUGUCCGAGAAACAUGAAUUACAAUCAGUAUACUCAAGGAAAACAAAUUGUAUACAGUUUUUUAAAGUAUUUUGAGUGAUUCUACUUUUACUUUGAACCAAUUAGGAUGCUAUAAAAUUACAGGUUAAGACAAAACAAUAUUCAUCUUCAAACCGCUUUUUAAGUUACAAAUAUGCCGUAUGAAAAUAAUUUCUGAUCACUUACAUUCCUCGCUGAAGUAAAGGCGUUUACAUGUUAAAAUUACUCUCUAGCUGAGAUCUCGUACCAAAAGAACGUGACCGGGGUAUCGUAUAGCACAGUUUUUAAAAAACACUGAUGGAGAGUGCGACGUUUGAGCACGUCAAACCAUUACACCUUUAAGAGGCACGUUUACAUCGAAAGAGUAGAACCAACUACACUAAAGUUAUACGAUUUCGCUUCCAGCUUCGCAAGGAAUUUUCAUGUCGGUAAGUGGCUUGAAAAUUGUUUGUCUCGAGACGAUCAUCAUUUAUUAUGUUUGGUUGAUAGUUCUCAAUCAGUCUGAACUCGCGAUCGCAAAUUGUUGAUUUACGACGAAUAUCUUACAUCACAAGUUACGAUUUUGAAGCGCUAGAACUGAAGGCAAAGUUGUACUGAUAAAGACUUCUUUGGAGCUGAAAAAUGUAAUUUCGUGAAGAGCGAGUGGAUGCUUUCGAAUUUUAAUAGCUAGACCAGACAUAAUAGUGUUAAAAGCACAUUUACAAUUAGUCGCACAAUUCCGGUUUAUUGAGCUGCGAUGCAGCUCGCCAGCACAACUGCAUGAUGACACCAAUCUAGAAUUUGAAUUUCUCAACCUGCAUGCCUCAAACCUUUUUUCCAAGUCAGGCAAUAAUGGAGUAGUAAUGUAAAACUAAAACAUCUCGCGUCACUUCACAUACUUAAGCAUUCUCCGAUGCAUUCUUCGGGAAUAAUACAACUCCCAGAAAUUUUGUCCUGGUGUUUUGUUCCGUCUAAUCAAUUGAAUUUCGCAGGAUUCAUAAAAUUUCAAAACCAUUCUCUUGUAUGCUUAAAGCUAUCAGUCGCAUUUUCGCUGAUUUAGUACAAAUACUCGUGAAUUUCCUUGGUAUUAAACUCAAGUGUUUAGCCCUCGGCAAGAUCUUAACUGUACUAUAGAAUCUUUAUUGGACUGAAAUUUUAUUGACCUGCUUUUGACUGAAUAUUCGAACAGGUUCAAAUCAUUAAGCACAGCGACUGUUUCCAAUUAACCGGAGGCACAUCAAAUGGUCAUUAUCCGGUUUGACCAUUAUAGUAGCUCGAACAAGAACUAUGGCAGCUGUCGGCGUAGAUAAACAAAUCUUACUUUUCCCUUGGAAAACAAUAGGACAAAAUCAUGCUAACAAUGCCGUGAACGUGGGUCUUGUCAACAGAGUCGACCUCGGUGCUAAACGCUGCUUUCUUCUCGAUACUUUUGCUAAUUAUCACGCAUUUCUUCUAAAUCAAUUGCAGCAUUUUCAAUAUCGUCCAAUAAAUAACAAAUCACAGUUUCCUGUCUGAUGUCUGGAUAGCAUGAUCUGAUAUAAAUUGAUUGGUUAAAGUUUAUCGAUAAAAUCUGUUGAUUAUAUCGCAAUUGACUAGUUCUAGAAAGCAGCUUAUUGAGAUAAAAGGCUCAACUAUUUGUGGCUUCUGAAGAAUUGAGUAUAAGUUUGCAACCUCUCUUUCAUUUUACAAACAAACAAUGGAAAUGAUAAUUAAAUAAAAACGCAAAAAAUGAAAAAAAGGGUUAAUUUUCCUUGUCCUGAUGUCCUGAAGACUUUUUCCGAUGCAAAACUGGUCAGUAGAACACUUUUCAUUCCCAAUAGAGUAUCCUAUUCUGAUCGCGUCUAUCAAUUUAAAAUCCAUUCCAGCAACACCUUUUAUAGAUUCCAUCUUGGAAAAAGUAUGGCUUUGUCGCAGAGGUCGUUAAGAUCCAGCCUUUCGAAUAGGCUAACUGUCCGGCCAGUUCUAUCCUCAUAAUUUUCUAUCUAGUUGUUGAAAAUUUUGCCGUUUCAUUAGCUUUGAAAACGAUAAAGGAGGCAAGAGCAGGGAGGAGGGUUACCAUAUCUACUAUUUGUGAUGAAACUCUCGCUGCGAAAUGAAUGGGGAAAUUCUGUUGCUUGUUUAGUUCUCGUUGUUGGCUAGUAUCACUCCAAACUUGAAUCUCGUAACUAAUCCAACUAAGAUCCUAACCCUUAAUCAAGACAUCCUGAUGUCCACACCACACCGAUGCAUUAACAAGAAAUCUCAGCAAUUCAUUGACCAAGAACUUCGCAAACCUGCCACUAAAUCUCAGUGGAGAAGCGCCCUUUUAAUCUUGAUAGUUUACACGACUUUUUGGUUCUAAGGGUCGUAAAAAAACAUGGUUAAUCUAUCACGUACACAGUAUAUGUUACUGAUCGUUGCCACACGCGGAAACCGGAGUCUAAUUGGACAGUUUCUCGACAAACAUCCUAAGGUUUACAAGUUGUGUUAGCCUUUUCUUUCACAUACUAUCAUCACAUUACUGUGAUGACGGCAUACAAAUCGCUAGUUUUGAAAUGACCGUCCAUUAAUGGUUGUGACUCUAAAAUACACCUGAUAUAUGUCAUGAUUUUCCAUAAGAUGUUUGGAGUAAACUAAAAAUAUGUUUACAAUAAUUUCCUUUCGGUUGGUCUUGCCUUUCCUUACUGUGGUCCUAAAUUUCGAAUGGUCCCAGAUUUUUGCAUAGCGUUUAUUAAGCUUUUUGACAGUCAACCAAAGAUACAUAUUUGACUGCGUGGCGGUUUUGUGUGUGCUAAGUACGCAAGAUAGAUACCGCAAAUAUUUCAAUCCCAUAACCUAUGGAAUUGAAAUAUUUUUGGUUCGAUAAGUGCAAUACUUCAGCCAAUAAUUCAUCUCCAAUAAUAUUUCAUUUUAACCUAAAUUGUGUUCGUCACCUCAGCUCACAAUUAGAGCUUUCACCCAGUUCUCUUGAAAGUAAACAGUAAGUGCUAAAAAAAAAUUCUUUAUUCGCGAACAGAAAAACCUAAUCGUGUCGACCUCCAAAUUAAUGGAAUUAUAAUUUCUAGUUGACGACAUUCGCCUGGUGGUUUUCGUUCCCCGUUGUAAUAAGUUAUAACACGACUUUCAAGAAAACUCUCUCGGGAAAUGUUCUUUCAAUUUAAUUUCACCAAUUCCCUACAGGAAAGAAAAUGGGUACUUCCGUUUCUUUGCUAACACUUUUGAGAAACUCGAUACAGCUUUCGCGCUAAAACUUACGGCGCAGUAAAUCAUAAGCUUAUAAAAAGGAUCAGAUUGACUUCAGUAUCAGAUGAUGCGUACAAAGUACAUUAUAAAUAAGGUUAUUUUUAUUUCAACUUUCUUAUCAUAAACCUAUCAGGAAACACGCUUAGAGGAUUAUUUUCGUGGAUCAAUAUCACUGAAGUAGGCUUUCAAGCAGUUAAACCCACAGCUUCCCGAGGUUUAAAGUUGACGACGCAUGUUUUCAAGCGGAGUUGAUCGCCAUAAGUCGUUUGCGUCUCUUAGCAAGAAUCGUGCAGAGUAUUCGCGUAUUGAUGACAAAAAACAGCAACAGCAGCAUCGACAUCAGUAACAACAACAUCAGCAACAAAAAUAUGAACAAACGAACAAUCUAGGAAAACACCAGAACCAAAUGCGCAUGUCAUUCUACAGAUUCAUCUCAAGUAAUUACAGGUGAACAAAUCAUACGGCUGAUAACAGGGUUCUACGAUCUCAGGUGUAUAAGCUAUUAGGGUGGCUGCACAACUUUAGAAUAGGGAAAACCUGCGUAAAGCAAAAAGGUAUACAACACAUGGUCGCUAGUAAAAUACUAUACCAAUCAGAUAAGUCGAUGAUACGUGGUUGUCAUUUCAGAUGAGACCUCUAUGACUGAUAACGAGAGAUCCACAGUUUGUUUGUUAAAAUUUUUCCAUUACACCAACCACUUUAAUCGUUAUCAGUAUAUGUAUUUAUCAAUGUUAUUAUUAUCAUUAUUGCAAUUAUUAGUAUUAUUGUGGUUUUCAUUCUAUUAACUCAUCUUCAAAUGUAUUUUUCUACUUAAAAUAAUCGAAUAGGCCUCGGUCUGGUUUACUUGCAACGCAGUAGCAACGUAUCGGUAUGCACAUCUGGGAAAUAUAACAGGAAACGUGCCCGUUUCUUUGUUAUUGUUGUUGUUUUCUUUUUUAAGGCCAUUUCUUUAAACUGCAAUGACUCACACCUCCGUGGUAGCCCUUAUAUCCUCGUUAAAUUCUCGGAUACUCUUCCCUCUGAGAUAUCUUCUUAUCCUACCAAACUAAUGUUUUGUGAUUGCAAUGAACGACUAUAUACAUGUAGAUGAAGAUAUUCCGUCCGCCUUAUAUAAACUGAAAGACAUUAUAGUUUUGCAGUCUAAUUUUGCUCUCGACUUUAAUUUCCUAUGUACUAAGCAUUAAUGUGUUUCUCUUCAAUAAACUUUUAUGUGUCUAUCAUAUGAAGGCCAUGUUCAAAUUUUUAUGAAUUUUUUGUUUCAUGAGUGGUACAUUUUUAACAUUCAGCGUAAAUCCAUAUCGCACCCACGACAUGUUUAAUACUUUUGCAUAAAUCAAUCUGGUAACGAAAAGAAGUCUUUGUACAUCUGUUAAGUUUAGAUUCAUUUACAAUUCUCAAACAAUAGCUUCGUAAACGCAUAACAAAACUUCAACUAAAUAUGCGUAUAUAAGCAUAGUUGUUUCCUAGUCUUAAUAAAUUUGGUUCAGGACCUCUCCACCAAUGUUAUAUAUUUAUUUUUAUCUGCCUUGCUACAGAAAAGUAUGAGGUUUUAGUGUAUGUGUGUUUUCCUCCAACUUUCAUUUGAAUGCCUUAUCUUUUGUUCUGCCAAUACCCUUGACAUCGAAUAUAACAAUGAUCUCGUACUUUCCGACUUUUUUGCCAUUAUUAAAACAUGAUCAAAUAAUUGCUAUGUCAAUAAAUUAUGGAUAUCUUUUCCCCCACAGCUGUGUGGCAAUGCUCUUAUGGUUAAUUGAAAUUCACUCAAGCACGUAGGUUCUCUCGCCAUAGGUAGAAUGUUUUCCUUUUCUUGUCUAAGUUUGUUUGCGUGAGUUAUUGUCUCGAUGUCUUAAUUUAUUAUUAAUAACUAGGAUCUUGACAUUGUUAAUGAGUAGCUUCUGUCUGUCAAUGUAUUGAGGAAAGAUUCUCGAAAAAACGUGAGAAGUCAUGUUUACAACCAAUCGAGAUCAGACAGUUUUCUAAUUUCGUAUUUUGUCUUCUCACCAUUGAAUUACAGAAGCUUUACCACCUUGGUGCGUUCGACGAAGGGGUCUUUCGGUCACAUUUGGUGCCAGUAUUGUAGAAGUUCAGAUUGGAUUUAUCAGUUAUUGCGUUGGGGUUUCUUUGUGUUAUCGAACAUUUCGAUCACCAGAGCACAAACUCAAGGAUUCUGGCGGAAAGACAGACUUGGAGAGAAGCAACUUGGCAAAUAGCGGUCUCGUUGAGGUACAUAACUAACUAAACCUGAGUGUAGCCCUUAUUUCAAAGCCCUCACCGAUAUGGUUACCAACAUGUCCACGAGUAAUGAGACCUCUAUGGACGUCAACAUCUCAGAAGAAACUUCGGGCGAGUCACCCACCAUCAAGGGAAUCAAGCUCACAUUAUAUGCCAUAAUUUUCCUCAUUAGUGUCAUCGGCAACACCUUGGUUUGUGUGAUGAUCGCGAGGCGUCGACGAAUGCGAACCGUAACCAACUUCUUCGUAUUAAACCUCGCGGCUUCAGACUUAGCAAUCACCUGCAUUUGCAUCCCUUUUGACAUUCCUGUGCAGGAGAAUCACCACAAAUGGCUGUAUGGGCAAGUCCUGUGUAAACUUCUGUACCCCAUUCAGACAAUGGCUGUGUUUAGCUCCAUAUUUACACUGACAGCUGUGAGCCUGAAUAGGUUUUGGGCUAUAGUAUAUCCUCUCAGGAAACAAAUGACUAAGAAGCAUGCUUUCGUCGUCAUUGUGGUCACCUGGGUUGUCUGCGCCCUUUUAACAGUUCCUUAUGUGGUGGUGUUAAAUCUGAACGAGACAACCAAUUAUUGCGAGGAAAACUGGCCAGGAAUCGAGUACAGGAAAGCAUACACAGCUUCUUUGUUCGCUCUGCAAUACCUCUUGCCUCUAUGUAUGAUCACGAUAGCAUACUUUAAAAUCGGACUUGAACUAAGAACUUGUGUUAACGUGAAGAGGAGAUACUCUGUCAACUCCGUUUUACACAAUGCACGUAGAAACGAGGCGCGCAAAGUUGUACGCAUGCUCAUCGUCGUCACCCUUCUCUUUGCGAUUUGUGUGUUACCCAAUAACGUUAUGUGGCUUUGGCUCGAUUUUGGAAACGGGGCAAGCUACUCGAAAUUUUGGGACAUGGUUGCAUUCACCAACAUCAUUCUCUUUGCAAACAGUGCUGCGAAUCCUAUUGCUUACACUAUCUGCCACGAGAAUUUUAGGGAGGAAUUUAAACUGUAUUUUACCUGU